AUGAUUUUAAACAGUCUUUUUCUGCUUUGUGAUUGGUCCACAGAGGUAUGUGACAGCCCACUGGUAGCCAAUCUGCCACCGUCAUCAUUCAGAAGCUCCUCCCAGCUCACCAACAGCCAUGGGCCGGUCUUUGCGAAGGUCAACAGGAGAGAAGGAGCUGGAGGCUGGUCCCCUCUGGUCUCAGACAGGUACCAGUGGUUGGAGGUGGAUCUGGGGAGGCGGACCCGGAUCACCGCGGUCGCGACGCAGGGACGAUACGGCAGCUCUGAUUGGAUGACGGCGUACCUGUUGAUGUUCAGCGACACGGGACACAACUGGAAACAACACCGGCAGGAAGACAGCUUUGGGGCUUUCCCAGGUAACAGUAAUGCAGACACUGUGGUCCAGUACAAGCUUAAACAGCCGGUGAUAGCUCGCUACCUCCGCCUGAUUCCUCUGGACUGGAACCCAACUGGGAGGACUGGACUCAGACUGGAGAUAUACGGAUGUCGUUAUACGUCUGACGUGGCCAGCUUCGAUGGCAGCAGCAGUCUGGUCUUCCGGCGCGGCGCUCGUCCCGGCUGGACGCCGAUGGAGACGAUCUCUCUGAAGUUUAAAACCCUGAAGAAUUGUGGGACGCUGCUUCACGCUGAGGGGAACCGAGGUCACAGCCUCACGCUGGAGCUGGAGAAGGGCCGGCUGCUGCUCUACCACCAACAAGGUGUGAGUUCAUCCUCCGGCCGACAGCUCCUCGUUUCCGUGGGCAGUCUGCUGGACGACCAGCACUGGCACCACGUAAAGCUGGAGAGGCUCAGCACUCACCUCAACCUCACCGUGGAUAAGAAUACUCAUCAAGUCCACAUCCCAGUUGAGCUCAGCCACUGGGAAGUUCACCAGCUGAGUCUGGGCGCUGUCCAGAGCCAUGGACUGCAGAAAGCCGUCCUCUCCCACAGGAACUUCCAUGGCUGCAUGGAAAACCUGCUCUACAACGACCUCAACCUGAUACACCUGGCGAAAAACAAUCACCACCACCACCACCACCACCAGGCCUCCGUGGUGGGCAAUGUGACCUUUUCUUGCGCUGAGCGAGUUUCGGUCUCUGUGACGUUCACUGACUCCCAGAGCUUCCUGCAGUUGCCGGGCGCGACAUCUCGGUCAUCAGGUGUUGUCUCCGCGGAGCUGCAGUUUCGCACGUGGAACAAGGCUGGGCUACUCUUGACCUUUGACCUCUUACAGCAGGAGGGCACAGUCUGGCUGCACCUGAGUGAGGGAAGACUCCGCCUACAGAUUAAUAAAGCUGGCAGGGUCCAGCUGGAGUUGAGCGCAGGCUCAGGUCUGAGUGACGGUCAGUGGCAUCACGUGGAGCUGAAGUCCAGGCCGGGUCACCUGAGCGUCACGGUGGACAAAGACAAAGGCGCCGCGGCUCACUCCAGCGCCGCUCUUCCUCUCGCCGCAGACGGCCGGCUCUUCUUCGGUGGGUGCCCUGAGGAGAGCAGCCAGGAGUGUGAGAACCCCUUUGGGGCGUUUCAGGGCUGCAUGCGCCUCGUCGCCGUGGAUAACCAGCCGGUGGACCUGAUCAAGGUGCAGCAAAGGCUUCUGGGAAACUACAGCCACCUGCAGAUCGAUAUGUGCGGCAUCAUCGACAGGUGCUCCCCCAGUCACUGUGAACAUGGAGGUAGGUGCACCCAGUCGUGGAGCACCUUCCACUGCAACUGCUCCACCGGCGGCUACAGAGGAGCCACCUGCCACAGCCCGAAAUAUGAGAAGUCAUGCGAGGCGUACAAACACAAAGGAAACGCAUCGGGACAUUAUCACAUAGACGUGGACGGCAGUGGGCCAAUCAGACCCCAGCUCAUCUACUGUAACAUGACAGAGGACAUGGCGUGGAUGGUGAUCCAGCACAAUAACACAGAACUGACGAGAGUGCGCUCGUCCCCUGAGAGGAACCAAGAGUCCGCCCACUUUGACUACAAGUCUGAAGAGGAGCAGCUGACGGCCAUCAUCAGCCAAUCAGAGCACUGUGAGCAGGAACUGUCCUACCACUGCAGGAAGUCCCGCCUCCUCAACACACCAGAGGGUUCUCCGUUCGCCUGGUGGGUGGGAGGUCCGGGUCCGGGUGAGAUCCAGGCGUAUUGGGGCGGGGCUCUGCCAGGCAGCCGGCAGUGUGCCUGCGGUCUCCGUGACGACUGUCUGGACUCGAACCACUACUGCAACUGUGACGCCGACUACGACCAAUGGGCUGAUGACUCGGGUCUCCUGACCCAGAAGGAGAGCCUCCCCAUCAGGUCUUUGGUGCUGGGUGACCUCCAGCGGGCGGGGUCGGAGGCUGCCUACAGGGUGGGACCGCUACGUUGUCAUGGAGACAAGAACUUUUGGAACGCUGCGUUUUUUGACAAGGAGACGUCUUACCUUCACUUUCCCACCUUCCACGGAGAGCUGAAUGCGGACAUCGCGUUCCUGUUCAAGACAAAGUCGUCCUCCGGGGUCUUCUUGGAAAAUCUAGGCAUCAAGGACUUCAUCCGGAUCGAACUCGGCUCCGCCUCACAGGUCGUCUUCUCCCUCGACGUGGGCAACGGGCCGCUGGAGGUCCGGGUGGAGACGAGCGUCCAGCUGAACGACAACCGGUGGCACAGCGUGCGAGCCGAGCGCAACGUGAAGGAGGCGUCGCUGCGCGUGGACGAAUUCCCCGCCGCCACGCAGGAGGCUCCUGCUGACGGACACAGUCAUCUGCAGCUCAACAGCCAGUUAUUCGUAGGAGGCACCGCCUCCAGACAGAAGGGCUUUCUGGGCUGCAUCCGCUCUCUGCAGCUGAACGGCGUGACUCUGGACCUGGAGGAGAGGGCGAAGAUCACCCCGGGAGUCCGACCCGGAUGCCCGGGCCACUGCAGCAGCUACGGGUCGCUGUGCCAGAACCAGGGGCGCUGUGUGGAAAGAGUUCAUGGUUUCUCCUGCGACUGCGACCAGUCAGCCUUCACUGGAGCCUUCUGUCAUAAAGAGGUCUCGGCCAGCUUCCAGUCAUCGACGUCCGUUGCCUACAACUUCAAGGAGCCCUCUGAAGCGACCAGGAACAGCAGCGCCUCGCCCUUCUCCAUCCACUCUGAUACGACGCCGAGCGGAGAAAACAUCUCCCUGAGCUUCAGGACCAACCAGAGUCCUGCCCUGCUACUCUACGUCAACUCUUUCUAUAGGCAGUACCUGGCACUGCUCAUCAACUCACAUGACGAGCUGGAAAUGAGGUACAAGUUGCACAGCAGCGGAGACGUGGAAGUGAUCGGGAGCAGAGUCACGAACUUGGCUGACGGACGUCUGCACACGGUGAUCGUCAGGAGACUGGCAGGCACCGUCUCUGUUCAGAUUGACCAGAAUACCAGGGAGGACUUCAGCUUGACAUCUGGUGUGGAGUUCACCGGCAUCAAAUCGCUCAUGCUCGGCAGAGUGCAGGAGUCGGACGAGUUGGAUGCCGACCUCGCCAGCUUGGCCUCUCUCGGGUUCACCGGCUGUCUGUCGGGCGUUUGCUUCAACUCCAUCCGUCCUCUGAAAGCCGCCCUGCUGCAGCCCGACGGCCCCGUUAUCGUCCGCGGCCCGUUGUCCCCGUCGAGCUGUGGCUCCUCCCCCUCUCUGGCCGAUCCGUACGCCACAGAAAGCACACGCUCCUUAUCAGAUCAACCGGGUUCAGUGGAUCCAGGUCAGCCUUUAGUCAACGCCAUCAGGAGUGACUCGGCACUAAUUGGAGGGCUGAUUGCAGUGGUGAUCUUCGUCACCGCGGUCGCCUCGGCGAUAUUGGCCAGAUUCCUCUGCAGCAGGAAGGAGACGUAUGGGAACCAGGAAGUCAAAGCAGCGCAGCCGGAGGACGGCCACGAGCCGCCCUUCAGCAGCCAGGCAGACUCUCUGAGCGCGCUCAGCGAGAACCAAAAGGAGUAUUUCAUUUAGCGGGAGCGCCACAGAGCCGCCCUGUGACCCCGACGGGGGCGGAGCAAGAGGAUUUCCCCCAGAGUUCAGUGCUUCACGAGCCACUGGUACCGGUGGACCGGUGAGAUGCCAAGUCCAAAAACAGAACAAUGUGUGAGGGUUUUCUGUAGUUCCUUCCUGCUGUCGUUUUAAAUGUCAUUGUAAAUAUUGAAAAAAUGAAAAUAGGCAUUUGUGUGCUUACGGCGAUAAUUCUCCGACGUAUUGAAAAUCAUUUAUCGACAGGCAGCGUGCAGAAUUAAUGUGUGGAUCAAAAAACACGACGUUGGUCCUGUUGAACACGACUUUGGACUUUGGUGUUCGUUUUUAAAGCACUUUUUCUACAAAGACGAUGCACUUGAGUCACGGUUUGUGUCAAAAUAUGAGAAGAAUAAGCAGAGGAUUGAUAUAUAUAUAUAUGUAUCUGCAUGUAUAUAUAUAUACAUAUAUACGUAUAUGUACAUAUAUAUAUAUAUAUAUGUAUAUAUAUACACAUAUACAUAUAUAUAUGUAUAUAUAUAUACAUAUAUGUAUAUAUAUGUAUUUAUGUAUAUGACAUCUCUGCAUAAAAGCACAGUUUCAGAAUCAACUCAAAUUAUUCUGUUUAUGUAAAAACCUAAUUUCAACACAUGCUGAAUAUAUUAAUACAACAUUAAAAGUCACUUCUUUUGUCAGAUCUCACACACUUAGAGUCAGAAAGCGUUUAUGUUCCUUGCUGUGCUUUUUCUUUAUAUCAUAAGAAAAAUAAAAGCUUUACAAAGAGA